AUGGCAUUCCGCACCCUCGUUCGUCUUCGACACUCCAACACUACGCUCACCAGGUCAUGGAGCACCGUCACCUCUUCUGUGUGCCGGCGGCGAGGCCUACCUUCGGCGCCGCCGCCGCGAGCUCCACCGUCGGCGAAGAAGGUGCCUUUCACGGUGUCGGUUAACGGGAUGACGUGGCAGGACCCUUAUCAUUGGAUGUCGAACACGGAGGAUCCGCAACUGUUGGAGCAUUUGAAUCGCGAAAACGAUUAUGCCGAUGCCUUCAUGGCAGACACACACAACCUCCGUUCCCUUCUCUCCUCAGAGAUGAAAGCCCGUUUAGCCGUCACCGUUUCCACUCCCCCUGAGCGUUGGGGACCCUGGCUGUAUUACCAGUACAUUCCAGAGGGAAAGGAAUAUCCUGUACUGUGCAGGAGACUGGAAAUGGAGAGAAUUGGUUGGCUGAAGACUUCUCUUCUUCACUAUGGAAUGGCAGGAUCAAAAAGGGAGGAGAUUUUACUUGACUGGAAUGAACUUGCAGAGAAAUAUGGGUACGUCAAUGUUGGAACAUGCAGAGUUUCGCCGGAUCACAACUACCUUGCAUACACAGUUGAUAUUUCUGGUGGGGAACGAUUCAUGCUACAGGUAAAAGACCUCAGAAGUGGAUUAAUAGACCCAAGAUCAGAAUUUGAUGGUGCUGUUAGCUUGGCUUGGGCUCAAGAUGCAAGUUCUCUGUUUUAUACUCUGUCAGAUGAACAUCAGCGACCUUACAGGGUUCUCUGCAGAAAACUUGGAUAUGAUCAUGUGGAUGAUCAUCCAAUAUUUACUGAAAGCAAUUCUAGUUUUUGUGUGGACAUAACAAGCACAAAAGACGGCAAGUUCAUAACUGUGAAUUCAAACUCAAGAACAUCAUCCGAGGAAGGGAUUUAUGUUUAUGUUAUAGAUUCGGUCAAUCCAUCAAAUGGUUUGCAAAAGAUAUGUAAACGUACCUCUGGUGUGCAGUAUUUUGUGGAACAUCACUCUGGUUUAUUUUAUAUUCUUACAAAUGCUCCUAUUCCUGCUGGCCAAUGGUCUGGUGAAGGUUAUUACCUGGUUAGAUGCCAUGUUGAAGAUAUAGAGUCAGCUAAAUUGCAGAAUAUCAUCCUUCCCGAUAAAGAUACAAGCCUAUAUGAUAUGGACAUGUUUAAUGGACAUUUGGUUCUUUUCCUCAAUAAGAAAGGCCUUCCUCUGUUAUGUUCGUUGAACUUUCCUACAGAACACAAUUUCAAGCAAGUAUAUAUUCAAGACCUGAAACCGUGGUACUUUCCUCUGCCAUCAAAUACAUGCAGUGUCAGUCCUGGUUCCAAUCAUGACUUCCUCAAUACGGUUUACCGUGUGGUGCUUUCAUCACCUGUGAUGCCAGAUUUAAUUGUGGACUAUGACAUAUCAAGACAUACAUAUUCAAUUGUGCAUCAAGAGGAAGUGAACUGUGAUUCUGCUGGUCAAUCAUGCACCCCGGCUUUUGAGCUAAAUAAGAAUGAAAUUCAAGAGGUGUGUAGUGAUAAGAAAAAGUGUGUCAUGAGUUUUGAUUCGCAGAGAUGGAAGGACUUUUCUCAAGUAUACUGUUGUCAUAGGGAGGAAGUUAUUUCCCAUGAUGGUGUAAGGGUUCCACUAACCAUUGUGUACUCUAGAGAAUCCUGGAAGAAGGGUCAAUCCCCUGGACUUUUAGUAGGCUAUGGAGCAUAUGGAGAAGAUCUGGAUAAGAGCUGGUGUUCAAAUCGCCUGAGUUUACUGGACCGUGGUUGGGUAAUGGCAUUUGCUGAAGUAAGAGGCGGUGGUGGUGGUGGUCCUUCAUGGCACAAAUCUGGGAGGGGAUUAAACAAACACAAUUCAAUAUUUGACUUUGUAUCUUGUGGCAAUUACCUGGUUAAUGAGGGUUAUGUUCAGAGUGAUUUGCUUGGUGCUAUUGGAUGGAGUGCAGGCAGCCUUCUGGUUGGUGCAGCUAUGAAUAUGUGUCCAAAACUCUUUCGUGCUGCCAUAUUGAAGGUACCAUUUCUUGAUGUUUGCAACACAUUGUUGGAUCCCAGUCUGCCCCUCACAGUUUUGGAUUAUGAAGAAUUUGGAAAUCCUCAAAUACAGUCAAAUUUUGAUUCUAUUUUUAGUUAUUCUCCUUAUGACAACAUUCCUCAAGGCAGUUGCUUUCCUUCUGUUUUGGUUACAGCAGCAGUUAAUGAUUCAAGGGUUGGAGUUUGGGAAGGUGCUAAGUGGGUUGCAAAAGUACGAGAUAGUACCUGCCCUCAUUGUUCUUGUACCGUCAUCAUGAAAACAAGUAUGAUAGGAGGGCAUUUUGGUGAAGGCGGUCGCUACGCUCAAUGCGACGAGACAGCAUAUGAGUAUGCUUUCCUCAUGAAAGCUUUUGGAACUUUAAAUGAAUGAAUUUAUUAGGCCUGCUGUUGGAAGGUUAUUUUAUAUCAGUGGAAGACUUUCAUUUGGGUAAAGGAAAACAUUCUGUCGUCCUAUUGCGCUGUCAAUAUCUAGGCUCCAGAGACGCUAAUGUGUUUGAGCAGCUGUUAUCUAUAUGUAGUUGGAUUAGCUGCACACCAUAAACAAGAUGAGAAUUGAGAAGAUAGCCAAUUUGGUGUCUGCUGAGUUCGCAAGCUUUGCUGUUUGCAGAGGCAGAGCAAUGUAGAGACUUACGUGAUGUUACCGUUUAUUCACGCCUUAUUGCGUGCAACAUUAGCACUCUAAAAUGCCCACGAGCAAAUUUUGGAAAAUUUGUUAGCUCUUCCACAUGAAGAGUAAAUAAGUUUAAUUCCUAAUUUUUUAGAACUCUUUUUCUUUUCUCCUUUUUUACGUUAUAUUGAGUAAAGCUUCUUAUAUUCUUUCUCUUCAGGCUAAAAUAACUACAAGGUGUUCCUAAAUGCCAAGAUUUCACAUCGGUUGAAAUAUAUGACCAAGGCCCAAAAGAAAAUAAAACAUUUUUAAUG